AUGAAAGUGAACAAUUCCACAUCCAUAAAUUUGAACAAAAGUAAGUUGGAGGAAAAUAAAAAUAAAACUAAGUUAAGUACGAAAUUAAAUGAUACAAAAGAAAAGGAGAUUAAAAAAAUUGCAACUUUAGUUAAGGUAGGAAAAAAAAACACAGACAAUAAUCCAGAAAUUAAGAACAAAACUUUAAACAAAAAUGGAAUAAUCAAGUAUGGAGGAAAUUCCAUAGACAUUAUUACAGUAGAAGAAAAUAUAAAAAAAAUUGAAAACUCAAUGAACAAAUUAGAAGAAAUAGAAAAAAAAAUCAUUGAUGAUAUUUACGAAUGUGACAAAUAUAUUGAAUUUUAUGAAAAAUCAAAAACACUUUUGGACUCGAAAGAUUGUGACAGUGAUGUAGGUAGGGAAGUCGAAAUUGAAGAAAUUAGAAACAUUCUGAAAAGGUGCUCAAAAAAUCUAGAUGGAGAAGGAAUUUUUCUUACAGGACCUAGUGGCCAAGGAAAAACCUACAGCAUAUUUUACAUCAUUAAAGAAAUAGAAAAGGAAAAAAAAAAAGAAAAGGAGGAUAAAAAAAGGAAAAAAGAAAACGUAACACCAGCAAAUUACAAAAACAUUGAUGCUUCUUAUUUCUACGUUUCUUGUUCAAAUAGUCAAAAACCAUAUGACAUUUUUGUAGAUAUAUUACAACAGAUAAUAAACAAGGAUAAAAAUUCCAUCCUAAAUAACGUGAAACAAAAGUAUAAUUUAAAUGGAUUAGAGGAGGUUAAAAAGUUAUUCAUUAAUUAUACCAAUAAGUUAAACAACUUAAAGAUAAUAAUUGUAGACGAAUUAGAUUUUAUUGCUACCAAAAAUGUACGUACAGAAUUAAAAACAAAAAAUUUGAGUAAAAGUUCAAAUGAAGAUGUAGUUAAGGCUCUAUUUGAAUGUGUUCAAAGUGCUAAAAGUAAAGUAAUACUAGUAGGAAUUGCUAACAGCUUAGAUUUAAUAAAAGAUUACACACAUAUGAAAAUUAACCAAAUUAUUUACAAACCUUAUAAUGAAAAACAGUUUAUGAAUAUUAUACGAAAUAAAUUAAACACACUGGAAGAUGAGUUUGUUACUAAAAUUUUCAAAGGAGUAUCUCUAAAUAUACAUGUUAGGCAAAUUUCUAAUCGAAAUGGAGAUAUCAGAUCAUGUUUUGAUGCAAUAUUAAGAGUUUUCUCGGAUAAAAAAUCGGAUCUUGAAGAAAGAAAAAAAAAUUUAAUUAAAUUAAAAGAGGAAAUCAUGAUGAAUAAAAUUUUUAAUAGACAGGAAAAGAAAAAUUUAUUGCUGCUACUAAAUGAUCAAGAGGAAGAUGAUUCUGUAGAGGCACUAAGGGAAAACGAGAGCAAUUCAAGCGAAAUCGAAUCAAGCGAAAGCGAAAGUGAGACCGAUUUAGAGAGACGCCAAAAAUGGAAAAGGAAAAGGAAAAACGAGAACACAGAGAUAGGAAACGACCCUCCUAGCACCGAUGAUCCAACAGCUAUAACAAAGAAAAAACAAAAGGUAGAUGUAAAGAAUAGCUCGAAUUUGAAAAAUCAACCCAAGGAAGACUGCUCUGAUGAUGACAAUUUUUUUCUUGAACAAAAUGUAACACCAUUACCAAACUUUCGAGACUACGAAUUAGCUAGUAAAUUCAUUGAUAAUGCAAAAAAUUUAAAGUUUACUGAUCAGAAAAAUGAAUUUUCAAUUGGAUAUGAAACACUAAAAAAAGAGGUUAUAAAAAUACAAAACAAUAAUGAAACACUAAGUGAAAUAUUGAUAAGAAAAAAUUUUCAUGUAAAUGAUAAUGAAUCUUUUUACAAUUUCAGUCAAUAUACGCCAAAAGAGUAUUAUGAAAGUCCAUUUAAAAUAUUAUAUAAAAAUGAAAUAGACAAAGAAAUGCAUCAUUUUAAAGAUAAAAAGGAAAUAUUAAAAAAUUUAAAUAUGGAUAAAUUACAAUCAUUUGAUGCUAUAAUUGAUAAUCAAAUAAAAUCUAUCGAAAAAAAAUAUAACGAUUUUGCCACUACUGCAAAUUGUAACACAGUAAUGAUUUCAGAUAUAAAAAAAAUUACGGAUAAAAUACCCUUGGAAGAACAUAAAGAUAUUCUUUUCAAAAUUAAAAGUCUUCCAUUAAUUCAAAAAAUAUAUCUAUACGCAUCCUGUAAUGUAGUAAAUGAUACACAUUUAAAUUCGGAAGACGAACAAGAUGAAAGUAAAGAAAAAAAGCAAAGUCAGUUCAUUGAAAUCACCUAUGCUGAUAUACAAAAAGGGUUUAGAAAUUUGUGUAGUAAUCUAUCAGAAACGUCUUACAUAAAAGAUAUACUAGAAGGAAAUACCAUAGACCAGGCCAUUGAACAUUUCGAAGAACUUGGAAUAUUAACAAAUUGUAAAAAAAAUCAAAAAUUUAAGGAAAGAAGAAGUGUCGUAAAGGUCCCAAAGGGUUUAACACCCAGAUUUGCCAACAUGAAAAAUAGCAAAAAUUUUUCUACACAAAAUAAAAUGAAUACCCUAUACUAUUUUAAUCUCCCCGUCUGUGUAAUUAAGCAAACGUUGAAGGAAAUUUCAUCCAUACUUUCAAGUUUUGACGGAAAUGCACAAUUUUGA